AUGGCACGAGGAUGCAAUUUACUGGAAAAUUAUUCAAAUCAAGUUAUAGUGUGGACUUCAGGUGAAACAGGAUUCACGUUUAUUAACUGCCUCAGCUCGGUUAAUGACGAAGAAGAAAGCAAAUGUAGAAGGCUUUGUCUGCUAAAAAUGCACUUCCUGCCAUUGUUGCAAAUAUACAUGGAGGAUCAACUUCAUGAUAAGAAAGGAAUUCAUAGCAUUUCCUCUCAAACUGAAAUUCCAGAGUGGUUCAGCUAUCAGAAUAAGUCAGGGUCAUCUGUAGCAAUCAUGCUACCUGAUAAUCUAGUUGGAAAUAGCAGUUGGAGAGGAAUUGCGUUCUGUAUUGUUUUUAAAGUGAAGAAUGUUUCUCCUGGUCAGGAUUCAAAAUAUUUUCAUGAAUUCAUAUGUCACUUGAACAACGAUCGAGGUAUUCGAGAUUCUCCCCUAGACAUUAUUAAUGUCCCUAAAGACAAAUUACCCCCCGGUUCAUAUGGACUUGGGCUAUAUGUAUCAAAUGCAAGGUUUAGGGACCACUUAGAUGAACGCAGCUGCAUUAGCCCUUCAUUUACAAUCAACAACUCAGAUGUGGAGAUUCAAAAGUGUGGUGCGCGUUUAAUAUAUGAGGAAGAUACGGUAGAGUUAGUACAAAAUUUAUUCCCGGCUGUUUUUGGGAGCCCUGAAGACUGCCGUCAACGUCAUGAAUCUUUGAUAAACCCUUCCCCAAGCCAUGUUGAUGAGGCAGAAUCCAGUCAGUCCAGUGGGCAAAGUGACUUGAACCCCAGGCUUAACAGACAGCUCAAGUCAUUGCUUUCACUAACGUAUCAGAUUCAGAUUGAAGGUCCUCCCCGCUGGUUCAAAUAUCAAAAUUUUGAUUCUUGUAUUAGAAUGGAGCUGCCUUCAAAUUUGAAUGAUAAUACGAGAUGGCUGGGAUUCACCGUGGUGAUACUGUCAAACCUGGAAUGGGCUUUCCGCUGUCUAGAGACACUUUUGAUGGGCCACAUCGACUUUUGA